AUGUAUUCAAGACUUCACAAGCUCUCGGGCUUACAGAAAAGCCUAAUUAUAUCUAGCCAGAGAAAUUACGCUGGAGGGAUUCUGAAGACUAAGAAGAAUCUAUCGAGCUUACAACCGGGGAAAGUCUACCAUGGAUUCAUGUGCUGUGAAGUUGAAGCCAUAAAUGAGUACAACAUGACCGCGUACCUGUUAAGACAUGAGAAAACUCAGACUGAAUACCUGCAUUUAGAAAGAGAUGAUACAAAUAAUGUGUUUUCUGUCGGUUUCCGAACUACUCCGCUCGAUUCUAUGGGAACCCCACACAUUUUAGAGCACACGGUGUUGUGUGGAUCAGAAAAGUACCCCGUCAGAGAUCCCUUCUUCAAAAUGCUCAACAGAUCUCUAGCUACAUUCAUGAAUGCACUGACGGGUCCCGAUUACACAUUUUACCCGUUUUCAUCACAAAAUGAAGUUGACUAUAGGAAUCUACAGAAAGUAUAUCUAGAUGCUGUGUUUAAACCUAAUCUAUCUAGAUUAGACUUCCUACAAGAGGGUUGGAGGCUGGAACAUUCCAAUCUAGAUGAUAAAUCAUCAAAUUUGGUGUUCAAAGGUGUAGUGUACAAUGAAAUGAAAGGCGCAUUUUCCGAGACGAGCUCACUGUUUGGCCAAAAGUUCAUUAAUACAAUACUACCACAAGGUACAUACGGCUUUGUAUCAGGCGGUGAUCCGUUACACAUUCCAGAACUAACUCAUGAGCAUUUGAAAAAGUUCCACGCCACAUACUAUCACCCGAGUAACUCAAGAAUAUACUCCUAUGGUAGUUUUCCACUUGAACAUAAUCUAAAAUUCCUUAAUGAGACUUAUCUUAGUAAAUAUGACUACCUCGAUCCCAGUGCAACCGUUGUUGCACCACAGGAGAGGUGGAAAAUGCUAAAACGAUCAAAUAUCCCUUGCAGAUUUGAUCAAUAUGGUGGUCCUAUAGAGAAACAGAACCAAAUAGCCUUGGGUAUGGUUAUGUCCGAUAUAACAGAUAUAUAUGAGACAUUCAUGCUGACGGCACUCUCGGAAUUAAUGAUUAUAGGUCCAAAUUCAGCUUUCUAUAAAAGUCUAAUCGAGAAAAACAUCUCCGGUGGGUACAAUUCUUUAACAGGCUACGAUAACCAGAUACGUGAUACACUAUUUGUGGUCGGCUUACGUGAUGUCGAAGAGUCAAAGUUUGACCUGGUUGAGAAAAUUGCAAAUCAAACCAUACAAGAUAUAUAUGAGAAAGGCUUUGAGAAGGACCAUAUCGAAAGUGUACUCCACGGUUUUGAGCUAUCCAUAAAGCAUCAAUCGCCGAAAUUUGGCCUCAAUAUGCUUUUCAACUUGAUGCCUCUAUGGAAUCACAACGGGCCGAUAUUAAGCGCUCUUAAAGUUAAUAAUUUAUUGGAGCAAUUGAAAACGAAUCUCAAGAAUCCUGACUAUGUUAAAAAUGUCAUUGAGAAGUAUUUCAUCCUGAACAACCAUAAGCUGAUAAUGACUAUGAAACCUGAUCCUAAAUUUGAUGACGUUUUCAUCAAUGCCGAGGCAGAAUUAUUAAAAGCCAAAGUAAGUCAAUUGACAUCGGAACAGAAAGAAAGUAUCUACAAAGAAGGGUUAGAACUUUCUAAAGCACAAAAAGAAAUACAAAAUCUGGAGGUGCUGCCGUGUUUGAAGAUUGAUGAGAUAACCUUGAACAAAACAGCGCCUCCCUUGAAACAUACAAUUUCUGGGACGGUGCCAUUGCAAUUAUGUAGGGCUAACACAAACGGCGUCACGUAUUUCAAGGGAGUACUAGGUACUGAGUGUUUGAAUGAGCAGCAGAGACAGUUUUUGCCAUUCUUCAACUACAUUUUGGAUAAAUUCGACACCAAGUCGUAUAAUUACAGAGAUUUUGACAAAUAUGUCAGCAAGUCGACCUCAGGAUUAUCAUUCCUGACUCAUAUAACUGAGCACAUCGAUCAAAGAGAGCAGUUCGAACAGGGUGUCAUAUUGAGCAGCCAUUGCUUGGACCAUAAUCUACCAAAAAUGCUCGACAUAUGGAAAGAAAUAUUCAGCAAACCAAACUUUUCAAACAGCGAGAGAAUGACCAUGCUCUUGAAUAACUACGCCUCAUCAUUGACUAGUGGUAUUAUAGACAGUGGUCAUACAUACGCCAUGCAGAGCGCGCGGUCGUUAGUGUCCCGUGUAGAUGAAUGUAAGGAAUGUCUAUUAGGAAUCAAACACGUCAUGAAUAUGCAAGAAGCUCAGAAACAGUACAAAAUAGAAAACGUCCAAGAGAUUGUUGACGAAAUCGGCAAAAAAAUACUACACGGCACCAAUUUACGGGCAGCGUUUCAUUACUCAGAUGAUAACGUACAAAGUACUAUUGAACAGUUCUGCAUGGAUUUGUGUAAAGAUGAUCAGUCUGAUGUCAAUAGGAUUAAUUGGACGGAUUGCAAGGCUCCAAAGAAAGAAAAUCGAGGGGUUCACAUAGCUAUGAACAUUCCUGUAAACUUCUGCUCAAAAGUCAUACCAACGAUACCAUAUACUGACCCCGAUUACCCUAAAUUGAGGGUCCUAUCCAGAUUUAUAACGUCGAAAUACCUCCAUCCUAUAGUUCGCGAACAAAAUGGCGCUUACGGCGGCGGUGCAAUGCUAACCAUCGAUGGAAUUUUCAAUUUCUACUCAUACAGAGACCCAAAUUCAAGGGUCACUUUGGAUGUAUUUGAUGACACGACCAAUUGGAUGUCCAAAAACAAAGACUUGGUAGAUGACCAGAAUCUAUUUGAAGCUAAGCUGUCCAUACUUCAGCAAAUGGAUCAACCGAUAGCUGAAUAUAUGAGAGGAAUCGAGCUGUUCCUGUAUGGCUUAUCAUAUGAUAUUUGGCAGACACAAAGGGAACGAGUACUUGCUGUAACUAAGGAAGAUCUCAUAGAAGUCUGCCAGAAAUAUCUAAAAGGAGACAAAUGGUCCGGCAAAUGUGUGAUUGGCAACGGUGCAAACCAGCAAAUUAUUAAGGACACUGAAAACUGGGAUACAAUUAACGGACCACAAGAUUAA